AAGACCGGGCUGUUGGUUUAAUUUCCAUCCCCACCCAUCACUAGUUUCUUGCUCAAACUCAUUAUUCAGUCUCCUCUAUUUCACAAUUGGGAUUUAUCGAUCUUCUGCCUCAAAACAACAAAGGAACGAGUGAGAAACUUCUCAAGGGGGUCACUCAUCCCAAGACUACUCCCGUGCAAUCACGCUCAACCUUGAGUUCUUAACUAAUGUUGAUGUUUCUACUGAAAGACCACAAAAGGAGGAGGUCGUGCAUAUGGUUGUUAUUUCCUACUGCUUCUCUCAUCUGUCUGCUCCUCUUUGUAGGGGGUUCAUUUAUACAGAUUCAAAAAGAGAAACUCUUGAGAUGGAAAAGGGAUGACUUAGAGAACAAAACUUGUCAGAAAACAUGCAGACCUCCUGGUAGUGAGUCAUUGCCUCAAGGCAUUGUUGCAAAGACUUCUAACUUGGAAACGAGACCACUUUGGGGUUCUCCAAAGAAAUUAGAACUUGCCAGAAGCCUAUUUUCAGCUGCAGUUGGGAUCAAGCAGAAAGAAAAAGUAGAUCUGUUAGUUAAAAAGUUCUUGUCAUGUAAUUUCACAGUAAUGCUUUUCCAUUAUGAUGGUAUUGUUGAUGGAUGGAAGGACUACGAAUGGAGUAAUAGAGUGAUACACAUAUCAGCUCUCAACCAAACGAAAUGGUGGUUUGCAAAGAGAUUUCUGCAUCCAGAUAUAGUUGCAGAAUAUAGUUACAUUUUCUUAUGGGAUGAAGAUCUUGGUGUCGAAAACUUCAACCCUGAAAAGAGGAAGGUCUUGAAAUUUCACAACCAGCACUUGACACUGGAAAAUCGGAGGUGCACCAUCAGAUUACGGCACGUGGAAGGAGAGCAAAUGUACACAGAAGGACAUAUAAAAUUGGUGAAAAGGGUACGACAUGUAAUGAAAAUAGUACGGCUCCCCCUUGCACUGGGUGGAUUGAAGUAAUGGCUCCUGUAUUUUCAAAAGCUGCAUGGAGCUGUGUAUGGUAUAUGAUCCAGAACGAUUUGAUCCAUGCAUGGGGAUUGGACAUGCAACUUGGAUAUUGUGCACAGGGAGAUAGAACAUCCAAGAUUGGUGUAGUGGACGCAGAGUAUGUGGUACAUUAUGGGCUUCCCACGCUUGGAGAGCCAGGAAACAAGGAAAUUACAAGAGUGUCCUCCAACGCAGUCGACUUUAGAAUCGAAGUGAGAAGACAAUCUUAUAAUGAAUACAAGGUGUUCAAGAGGCGAUGGAAAGAGGCAGCUGAGCAGGAUAAGUGUUGGACAGAUCCUUAUCCAGAGCAACCCUCCUCACUUUUGUGAAUAACAUAACUAAUACAAAACAAAAAGAAGCAAACAAGAAGAAACGAGAAAUUUCCUAUGCUUCUGAAAUACCCAACUAAUUAUUUCCCUCGUUACAAUCUUAGACAUCGAUCUUUCAUUUUAGGUCAAAGGUUGAAUCUAAUUA